GGCGCGGCCGGGGGGGGCCGCAGGGCGCCGCGGCCAUGGGCAACAGCAAGAGCGGGGCGCUCUCCAAGGAGAUCCUGGAGGACCUGAAGCUGAACACGCGCUACUCGGAGGAGGAGCUGUGCAAGUGGUACGAGAGCUUCCAGAAGCAGUGCCCCGACGGGCGCAUCAGCCGCGGCGAGUUCGAGAAGAUCUACGCCAACUUCUUCCCCAACUCGGACCCGCAGGUGUACGCGCGGCACGUCUUCCGCAGCUUCGACACCAACGACGACGGCACGCUCGACUUCCGGGAGUACAUCAUCGCCCUGCACCUCACCUCCUCCGGCAAGACCCACCUCAAGCUCGAGUGGGCCUUCUCCCUCUUCGACGUCGACCGCAACGGCGAGGUCAGCAAGGGCGAGGUGCUGGAGAUCGUCUCGGCCAUUUUCAAGAUGAUCCCGGCGGAGGAGCAGAAGCUGCUGCCGGAGGACGAGAACAGCCCCCAGAAACGGGCCGACAAGCUCUGGGCCUACUUCAAGAAGGGCGACAACGAUAAGAUCGCGGAGGGCGAGUUCAUCGACGGCGUCAUGAAGAACGACGCCAUCAUGCGCCUCAUCCAGUACGAGCCCAAGAAAUAGGGCCGGGGGGGGGGCAC